AUGGGCUAUGCAGACCCUAAGCAAGUCGGUACAGGGUUGCGGCAGCGUCUGUACUCGCGGGCCUUUAUCAUUGGUAACCUCAACCACCCAGAGGAAAGGUUCAUCUAUCUUGUGCUCGACACGCAAUCUGGCGAUACUGCUAUUCGCUACGGCAUUCUCGACGGACUUAGAGCUCUCGGCCCGGAAUAUGCUAUGUACAACCAUCACAAUCUUGCCGUCACCGGGACACAUUCACAUGCUGGUCCAGGCGGCUGGCUCAACUAUCUGCUCCCGCAGGUCACUAGCAUGGGCUUUGAUCGUCAAGGAUAUCGCGCUAUUGUUGAUGGUGCCGUCCUGUCUAUCAAGCGUGCUCACGAAAGCCUUCAGCCGGGAUACUUGAGCAUCGGCACGACCAAGGUCCGUGGAGCAAACAUCAAUCGUAGCCUGUUUGCCUACCUGGCCAAUCCAGAGGAAGAACGCGCCAAAUACAACGUUAGCGCCGAAGACGACGGUUCGGUUGAAAAGGAACUGACUCUUCUGAAGUUUCAGCGUGCAUCUGACGACAAGAAUAUUGGAGUCUUGACGUGGUUUCCCACCCAUGGGACUUCACUCUAUGGCAAUAACACUCUUAUUGCCGGCGACAACAAAGGGGUUGCCGCAUACUUGUUUGAGAGGAGUACUAUGAACGACUCUUCAGCUGCGGAAGGGUUUGUGGCUGGGUUUUCCCAGGCCAAUGUCGGGGACACAAGCCCUAAUGUCCUUGGAGCUUGGUGUGAGGAUGGCUCAGGGCAGAUGUGCACUUUUGAGAACAGCACUUGCGGCGGCAGAUCGCAAGCCUGUCAUGGCCGAGGACCGUUUUUCAAUGUUCCUGAUAACGGAGCAAGUUCGUGCUUCGAGAUUGGCAAGCGUCAGUUUGAAGCAGCCAGGGCGCUAUACGACUCUUUGAAUGACAACUCGAAGCCCAUCAAUAACCCAACGGUUAAGGCUUUCCAUGUCUUCCAUGACAUGUCCAACUUUUCGUUCCUCCUCCCCAACGGGUCGCAAGUCCGCACAUGUCCCGCUGCAUUGGGGUAUUCCUUUGCUGCCGGUACAUCAGACGGCCCUGGAGCGUUUGACUUCACACAACACUCCGGUAAUGAGACAACAACCUCUCCAAUCUGGCGUCUUGUCAGACAUAUGCUUAAGGAGCCCAGCUCGGAACAAAAGGCUUGUCACUAUCCAAAGCCUGUCCUCUUGGAUGUGGGCGAGCUUCACUCUCCAUAUGAGUGGACGCCCAACAUUGUGGACGUACAGAUAUUCCGUGUCGGCCAUCUCAUCAUAAUCGUCAGCCCAGGAGAAGCAACCACAAUGGCUGGCCGUAGAUGGAAAGAGGCCGUCAGGCACGCAUCUGCUUCUAUCCUUUUACAAGAAGAUCAUGGCACUGAACCGGUCGUUGUUCUCGGGGGACCUGCCAACAGUUACACGCAUUAUAUCACUACUGAGGAGGAAUAUGUCAUCCAGCGCUACGAAGGGGCUUCUACCCUCUACGGCCCGCACACCUUGGCUGCAUAUAUUAACGUGACGCUAUCGCAUAUUCACUACCUUGCCACGGAUGCACAACCCCCGCCACCACAUGGUGACCGGGAUGCGGGCCAGGGACUGUUUCCCCCGGACAAUUCGAACGUUUCCCUCUCGUUCAUUCGGCCCGUUGUGUAUGACCGUCCUCCCUGGGGCAAGAAGUUUGGGGACGUGCUGGUCGACGUCAAACCAAAGUACCGCAAGGGAGAGCAUGUGCACGUUGUAUUCGUUGGUGCAAACCCAAGGAACAACCUAAGACUCGAGGGAACAUUUGCAGCUGUUCAGCAGCAGAAGAUAGAUGGGAAGACGGGAGAAGGACAGGGGGAAGACGCUGGGUGGGAAACAGUCAGGGAUGACAGUGACUGGUCGUUAGUGUUUCACUGGAGGAGGACCAACGAAAUUUUGGGCACGAGCGAGGUUGAGAUUGUGUGGGAAACGGAGGAAUGGGCCGAGGUUGGUGCCGUUUACCGCAUACGGUAUUAUGGGGAUGCAAAGAGCCUGGGAGGGAGUGUGACGCCGUUUGAAGGAAUGAGUUCAGAGUUCAUGUUGGUAUAA